AGUUGAAUCAGUUGAAAUGUCAAAACACGAGUUUGUUUACUAACACAGCUUUUUUCGGCAAUUAUUUAUUGUAGUUUGUAUUAAAUGAUAUUCUAUGCUAAAUCAUAAUAAUCGGUGUGAAGAAAAGACAUUAGUGCACCGAACCACAACUUUGAUGUGAAUCAUGGAGGACACCAACUGUAUCAGCAGGUUCUUCAAUGCAGAAGAAAAUGUUACAUCCGUUAGUCCAAAAAUUUUACAACGCGCCUUAUCGCCGAACAAAACAUUGGACUCGUCGCAAGACCUGAGCCAGGCGUCCAUAGAAUCAGAAGAGCUCAGCCUAUCACAACUGACCAUAGAGGAACAAGAACCGCUAGACAUACAACCUUUUUUCAACAUCACACCACGAACAAUGCCAGUAUCACCACACUAUGUAAUCGAAGAAGAGUUUGCAUCGAACCCCUGGGCGAUGCUAAUAGCAACAAUUUUCCUAACUAAAACUUCAGGAAAAACCGCCAGGCCCUAUAUAAAAACAUUCUUCACAGAAUACCCGACACCUUAUCAUGUUUUAAGUGACACGCCAUUAUCUUUAGAAAGGUUCUUUGAUAACUUAGGAUUAAGGAAAAGAGGUCACAUGAUAUGGAAGCUCAGUUAUCAGUUUGUUUCUUCAAAAUGGCGUCGGGCUAGUGACUUAUGCGGCAUUGGUAAAUACGGCGAGGAUGCUUACAGGAUAUUUUGUCUGGGUCACACGGAUGUGGACCCUACGGAUAGGUAUUUAAAGUUGUAUUUAGAUUGGUUGUGCGGCCACACUGAGUUUUUGGAGGAGAGCGGAGCGGCAGACAGUGAAUAUCUAAUUGAAGAUCCGAUUAUGAAGUAUUACAGAAUUACAUUGAGAGAUGGGAAUUCGAUUUCUGUGUGAUAAAUAAAAACUUUUUCUUGCAAGUAACGUUGAUGUCGAAUAAGUAACUUUUAUGUCUUGUAUUUAAUGUUUGUGUUUACUUUAGUUACUGUUAACUGUGUCAGGUGCUUUUAUUUGUUUUAUGUCUGUCACAGGUACCUACUAUGAAUCAUGCUUUGUAUUAUCAAACCUAUGUAUCAUAAUAAUUAAACUGAAAUUAGUAAAAGACUUAUAAUGUUGAAC